AUGAACCACUCAGUUGAGUUGUCUCCUUCAGAGGAGUUUGAUGGCAGCACAGCAGUGGCGUGUGUGAUCCUCGGGUUGUCCUUCCUGGUUGGAGCUCCUGGGAACGUGCUGGUGAUCUGGACCAUCCUGAGACAUGUCAAGCAGCGCUCCCAUACUGUGGUGAUCAUUCUGCACUUGGCUGUUGCAGACCUGCUGGUUCUCAUCACCCUGCCUCUAUGGAUCUACUCUCUGGCUCACACUUGGGUGUUUGGAGCGGUAUUGUGCAAGACCUUAGUGUACACUGUGACUGUGUGCAUGUUCAGCAGCAUCUUCUUGAUCACUGUUAUGAGCGUGGAGCGCUUUCUUGCCAUCUGUCAUCCAUUUCUGAUGAUGCGCUGGAAGACAAAAAGCAAUAUAAAAAUAUAUCUUGUACUUUUGUGGCUGCUUGCUUUCCUUCUAGGAGUGCCUGCCUUAACACAGAAUCUGGAAGAAACUGAUGGAAAUGUGCAAUGUUUCACCAGGGAAUUAAACUCUGACACCAACACAAUUAUCGUCCUUUGCCUAGAAACCUUGUUGGGCUUUAUAGUUCCUUUCAUUGUUCUAAGUAUCUGCUACUGUCUAGUAGCUGCAGAGAUCAAGAAGAUGAGUUUCAAUUUAAAAGAGAAAUCCAUGGUUCUCAUCCAUGCUAUAGUGAUUGCUUUCACAGUGUGCUGGUUGCCUUACCACGUUAUCAACAUUAUUGAUCUGAUUUGUAUCUUAAGCUGGCCAGACACUGACGACGACUGUGUAUCAAAGCCUAUCAUCUUCAUAGCUGGUGCCCUGGUUUUCAUCAGUAGUUCAGUAAAUCCUGUGUUAUAUACCUUAUUUGCAAAGAACUUACAAGGGAGUCUGGAAGAGUCCCGACUAGUGAGGCUAUUUAAGGAAAUAGCCACUAACACAAACAAAGUGAGGGAGCUGGCAGUGCAACAGCAGACAGACCAGAGGGCAGCAAGUACAAAAGAAGAGCUGCUAUCUGACUGUGUGUGAAAGACUGUGAUGAUGGUAAAAUGUGACACUUGUCAUUUACUAU